AAUGGUAUUCAUCGAUCUUGUUUUAUUAAUGUUAGAAAGAGGAAAACAAACUUGAAGAAACUACUUCUCGGCUUUAAGUCAUCUUAUAUCGGCAAUAUAUCAAUCACGUGUUGACAGUCUUCGUAUCGAUCAGUUAAGAUAUUAAACAGCGUAUAAAAUAACGUUAAGGAUAGCCAUACUCUGGUGAUAAGUGCUCGUUCAGGAAUGUUUGAAGUUGACGACCCGUUAUUACACCCUUAACAACAGGUGAAUAGUUUGAUAGCCAGGGUUUAAAAUAUCAUUAUGUGUUACCUGAUAGUGGAUUUAAUUUAGGGUAUAUUCGAAUAUAAGAUACUAAUCAUAAAUAUUACUGAACGGUUGACUACUGUUUCAGUAGAUAUUAUGAGUGUGGACGGGCUCAAAUGUUAUUUGUGUGCGCCGUUUCUUGGUUUUUUAAACUUUCAUCAGAGAUCAUUCCUUCAAAAGCAAUGAGAAAUGUUAUAAAUCUUGUUGUAUAUGUAGUGUAGUAGAUUAACGGAAUCAGAUACUGUCCAAGAUAUAUUUGCUAUGGGAAGGGAAUUAUCAAGCUGAACACUAUAACCAAAGUAAAAUGUUAUCGCAGGAAUAUCCAAAAUUACAGAUAGAUCUGACUUCUAUCCACGAGGAAGAUCUCACAAAAUCAACCAGACUGUCGGAAGUGAGGAAGGGGGCAGAUUUUACCAAAAUGGUAAAUCAGUUGGCGGAUCAGCAAUGGCGUGGAACCAAUGUCAUGCCACGUAUUAUGGAGACAGAAGAGAGAGAGACACCAAGGAAAGACGGAGAUGGGGCCCCGUUUAAACUGGAAGAUUCAACCUAUAAUGUUUAUGAACCCAAAUUGAAAAUGAACCAACCUCAAUUUCAAUUUGAUGAACCCAAGUUGAUGCAGAUGACUAAGGUACCAGCUCCACCAAGAAGAACGACGCCCUUGGCACCGGUGUCGCGCCAAGGAGGAUCGGGAAGAUCGAGCAUUGGAACUGUUUCCAGGGAGAUACAGAACAUACCCUCUAGACGGGACUCUUUGAUAUCGAGUAUUCUGAACAUCGAAACCACCAGCAAUAAAAGCAACCGGAAUCUUCAGAAAAUAAACAACAACAACAUCAACAACAAUAAUAUCAACAACAUUUUAAACAGCAACAAAGCAGUUCUGCCAGAUAUCAGUGGGCAAAGUUUCAGAGAUCGUUCAUCUUCUGUGGAUCUAAAGGAAUUAUACUAUUUCAACACGUGGGGAUCCCGCGAUCUCGGAUUGGAUUCUAAACUGGUGCCAGAUGAGGUGCCACGUGUUAUAGCACCUAAACAAUCCGUUCCUUCCAGCAGAGUUGGAUCCCAAGGCCGCGAUCGACAACUUAGAACUGAGACUGACUUUAGAUCAAGAAAUGGAUUAGUUCGGAUUGUUAAACCGCAUAAACCGCUACCACCAAUUGCGAGGACCGAAUAUCCAGAAGCAGACCCGGCCUAUGAUCUUGACAAUUUAGGACGAGAAAAGACUUAUGUGACCCUCAAACGAAUUGACCAAAUACUAAAUCCCCAACAAGCGUUUGUUAAAAGUGAACUUAAUUCUUCUGAAUUUGGAAUAUUAGGCUCAGGUUCGACAACUCCGAAAUCGGUUAAAAAGAAGAAACGGGAAAACGUGGAUAAAGUCGUGAAGUCGUUCGAUGGAAUACUAGACCAUUCUAAGAAUAAUGCCAGUUAUAUCAAUCAUUCUGGUGGCGUAACUGUGGUGCACACAUAUCCCAGUGGACAUCAUUCACACCCACAUCAAACUGCGCAAUAUCCACACACUUUUCAAAAUGCGCAACAUCCUUAUCCCAACGGGCAGCAUCCACACACGUCACAAAAUGUGCAACAUCCUUAUCCAAACGGACAGUAUCCACACACUUUUCCGACUAGGCAGCCACACCCGCCCACAAAAGCUGCCUCUAAGCCAUCCUCUCGUAUCAGUAGCAAAAAUCCGAACCGUUCUCUAUCUCCUGUUCUGAAAUGUUUAGAUACCGAAAAAGUAACAUCUUACGAAAAAUGUAUGAAAUGGGUUGAUAAAUGUAGUGAGUGGUAUGACUGAAGAUGACUGAAAUUCGAUACCAAUUCGUUUAAAAACCACAGAGUUUUGUGGCUCCGGUUUAAUAUUUUGGGUAAAUCGUAACGUUUUACGUGACUAUAGAAAACGCAAAGCAAUGGAUAGUGAUUACUGUACAAGAAACUGGACAGAGUCGUUGUCUUGAAGAAUUAUAAUUUCUUAUCAACCGAUUGCAUAGCUAUGUUUAAUGUUUCAAAAUGAAAUUAUCUGAGAGAAUAAAGGAAUGAAUCGUGGUAUACUUAACAUUAUUAGGCCUACUUUUAUUUAUAUUUUUAAAUUUAAAAAAAGAAAUGUUCGGAGGAUCAUGUCUCAAGCAUUGGAUGAUUAUACAUUAUAAUUCGUAUAAUGUGCUGAGUGGCAAUUAACAGUGUGGAUCGAAUGGACAACACUAUUUAUAAUUAACCUACCUACGUUAUAAUAUUUCUAUGAAUGGAUGUGUAUAUAUAUAACAAUAUGUAUUGUAGACUAUAAGAUUGGUUACUUGGUGUUAUAUUGUUAUAGUCUAUAAUGACCAGAUAUAUACUGUGAUAAAAAGCGUAUUGUGAUAUAUUAAUAGGACUGUCUAUAUAUUUAUAUUGUUGACCGUAAACAUAAAUAUACCAUACCCAUAUACAAUAACCAUAAAGUUUGCGUGUUUGUUGUUAAUCAGGAGUGCAGGAUGGUAAGGGACAACGUAUAGUCGUUCGGAUGGGACGUAAAAGAUCCCUUGACAGUUGGAAUUCGAUAUAAGAGUAGGCCGUAGUGUCGCUGUCCGGGCUGUAUGGCGUCUGCCCGUCUUCAUUAGCCCAGGUAAUCAGGAAUGAACCAUUUUAUAGACAUUGGAUUUUGUUCCAUGACAACAGCUUCAGGCCGUUUGCAAUAACAUUUUUUAAAAGUAACCAUGUUUCAAAGAGUUCCGUUAUGUGCUAUGAGCACGAUUUGUGGAUUUGGCGCUAUAUAAAUGGACAUAUUAUUAUUAUUUUUAUUUAUG